CGCUCUUUCCACGCUCCCAGCGCAGGCCGCGGCCGAGGGGCGGGGCGGGGCGGCCUGGAGGAACCGCGUUCCCGAGCGGGAGGGAGAUCCGCCGAGGAGUUACGGGAAAGUUGUUCCGAGUUCCCGGGAGUUUCCCGGUGUGCUCGCCCGCGUUCGGCCGGCUGCCCGCAGGCUCCUUUCCUCCCUAGCGCCCUCACGGUCCACUCGGCCCCUCUUUUCUGCCUGCUUGCCACCGGCCGCCAUGGAGCAGCCGCCGGCGCCCAAGAGUAAGCUAAAAAAGCUGAGUGAAGACAGUUUGACUAAGCAGCCUGAAGAAGUUUUUGAUGUAUUGGAGAAGCUUGGAGAAGGCUGCAUUUGAGUUGACAAACCGUCUUAUGGAAGCGUUUUUAAGGCAAUACAUAAGGAAUCUGGACAAGUUGUUGCAAUUAAGCAAGUACCUGUUGAAUCAGAUCUUCAGGAAAUAAUUAAAGAAAUUUCCAUAAUGCAGCAAUGUGACAGCCCUUAUGUGGUAAAGUACUAUGGCAGUUACUUCAAGAACACAGACCUCUGGAUUGUCAUGGAAUACUGUGGUGCUGGCUCCGUGUCAGACAUCAUUAGGUUACGAAACAAGACAGUCUGCUGUACAGCUGCAACCUUGGGCUUUCUUUCCACUGGAUUCCUGGUUAACAGAAGAUGAAAUUGCAACUAUUCUAAAAUCCACAUUGAAAGGAUUAGAGUAUUUGCAUUUUAUGAGGAAAAUACACAGGGAUAUAAAAGCUGGGAAUAUUCUCCUCAACACAGAAGGACAUGCAAAGCUUGCAGAUUUUGGAGUGGCUGGCCAGUUAACAGAUACAAUGGCAAAACGCAAUACUGUAAUAGGAACCCCAUUUUGGAUGGCUCCUGAGGUAAUUCAAGAAAUUGGUUACAACUGUGUGGCUGACAUCUGGUCCCUGGGCAUCACUGCCAUAGAGAUGGCAGAAGGGAAACCCCCUUAUGCUGACAUACAUCCAAUGCGGGCUAUUUUCAUGAUUCCCACAAACCCGCCACCAACAUUCAGGAAGCCUGAACUCUGGUCUGAUGACUUCACAGAUUUUGUUAAAAAGUGCUUAGUGAAGAGUCCUGAACAGAGAGCCACGGCAACCCAGCUGUUACAGCAUCCUUUUAUCAAGAAUGCGAAACCCGUGUCAAUAUUGAGAGACCUGAUCACAGAAGCCAUGGAGAUCAAAGCCAAAAGGCAGGAGGAGCAGCAGCGGGAACUGGAAGAGGAGGAAGAAAAUUCGGAUGAAGAUGAGCUGGAUUCCCACACUAUGGUGAAGACUAGUUCAGAGAGUGUGGGUACAAUGCGGGCCACCAGUACGAUGAGCGAAGGGGCCCAGACGAUGAUUGAACAUAGCAGCACGGUGUUAGAGUCGGACCUGGGGACCAUGGUCAUAAACAGUGAGGACGAGGACGAGGAAGAUGGAACUAUGAAAAGAAAUGCCACGUCACCGCAAGGACAAAGACCGUCUUUCAUGGACUACUUUGAUAAGCAGGGCUUCAAGAACAAGAGUCAUGAAAACUGUAAUCAGAGUGUGCGAGAGUCCUGCCCUGUGUCACAAAGGGUUUUUCCUGAUGACUGGAGAGUCCCUCAAGAUGGAGACUUUGACUUUUUAAAAAAUCUAAGUUUAGAAGAGCUACAGAUGCGUUUAAAGGCACUGGACCCCAUGAUGGAGCGGGAGAUAGAGGAACUGCACCAGAGGUACAGUGCGAAGAGGCAGCCCAUCCUGGAUGCCAUGGAUGCGAAGAAGAGGAGACAGCAGAAUUUCUGACCGACACCCUCUGCCUCAGCGUGACCGGAGACCAGGCAACCACAAGAACUGAAGGCACUGUGCUGCUUUUUUAAUCCCUGAAAUGUACGUUCUACAAUUUUGCAAAAGUCAAAAACUAAUGAUGGUACACAGCCAGGUAAAUUCCCAAAGUCAGACUUUGAGUUGUGUCCACUCUGGCUUCGGUUAGAAAGGAUAAGAACAGUAGAAAUGUGCUCUUUCUGACAGCUGCUACGCCAGCAACCAAACCAAUCUAAAUUAAAGCUCUAUUUGGAGACUUUGGAAAUCCAAAGCUGUCGCUUAAUUGCACAGUACCAGAGGGGCUUUGUGUUACAAUAUCCUUUAUUCCUGUGGAGAAGCCUAUUUAUUGAACCCCUAGGUAGACUUAUUUAUUUAUGCAGUUUCACUUUUU